AGGCAGAGUUAGACAGUGAGAGAGAGAGACAGAGAGAAAAGUCUUCCUUCCGUUGGUUCAUCCCCAAAUGGUUGCUACGGCCGGCGCGCUGCGCCAAUCCGAAGCCAGAAAUCAGCCCUUUCCUAGCUCCGCUUUUUAUUUUAACUUUCAGCCCAGCCGCUCUGAUGGUCCACCUCUGCCAGGAUACGGAUCUGAAAAGUUCAUCCUGGACCCUGAACAGCUCAGAGGGAGGAACCAGACCAGCAGUUCCUCACACCCUACUCUCUUUUUUUCUGCACAAUGGCUCCAUAACGACUGCUCCAUAAUGGCAGUGUGUGGGGCCCUGAUGCACACCAGGAUCACUCUUCUGCUGCUCUGCCUUGAGGUAUCUCUGUCCAUUCAUGGCCUCUCCCAGGCCAGGCCCUCCCAGCAUUUCAGCUCCCCGGAAGUGGUGAUCCCCUCGAAGGUGACCAGCAGGGGUAGAGGUGCAAAGGCUCCAGGAUGGCUCUCCUACCGCCUGCGGAUUGGGGGCCAGAGGCACAUUGUCCACAUGAGGGUCAAGAGGCUGUUGGUUUCCACACACCUCCCUGUGUUCACCUACACAGAGCAGCAUGGCCUCCAGGAGGAUCAUCCCUUUGUCCCUGAUGACUGUUACUAUCAUGGUUACGUGGAGGGGGCCCCCGAGUCUCUGGUUGCCCUCAGCACCUGUUCUGGGGGAUUUCGAGGAAUGCUACAGAUAAAUGACCUCAUGUAUGAAAUUGAACCCAUCAGGCACUCUACCACAUUUGAGCACCUGAUGUAUCAGGUAGGCAGUGAUGAGACAGAGUCCCCGCACAUGAGAUGUGGGUUAACAGAAGAGUCAAUAGCACGCCAAUGGGCAUUUCAAGCAUCAUACAAUUUCUCUCUGAAACCACGUUCUCAUCUGAAUUGGUGGGCCCACUGGCGAUUUGUUGAGCUGGGAGUGGUUGUGGACUAUUUUAGAUUCGAGUACUCUCAAAGUAAUGAGACAAUAGUGAUGUUAGAAAUAUUUGAUAUAAUUAAUAUGGUGGAUGAAUAUUAUUACCACAUACAGAUUGAUGUGGUUUUGACAGGGAUUGAAAUUUGGAAUAAUGGAAACCCAAUAGAAACAAGUGGUGAGAUAGAUCCAGUUUUGAAUAGAUUUUCUCUUUGGAAAUCUUUGAAUUUUGAUGGCCGUCUUCACCAUGAUGUUGCGCACCUUAUCAUAAAAGAAUUUAAUGGUGCCCUUGGCGUUGCAUAUGUUAGUGGGGUAUGCCGACAUCGUAUUAAUUGUGGAGUUGAUGUCUUUCAAGACCACAGGUUAGACAUUAUUGCACAUACUUUGACCCAUGAGCUUGGUCAUAGUCUGGGUAUGUUGCAUGAUGAAAAAUGGUGUACUUGUGGAGAACAGUUUUGCAUUAUGCAUCCCAGCAGAGAGGCCUCACGGCGAUUCAGCAACUGCAGUUAUUCCCAAUAUUUGGCGAAUACCAUGGUUACUGGAACGUGUAUUCUCUCUCCUGGAAAUCCAGAGCAUGUUUUAAGGAUGAAUAUUUGUGGGAACCGUGUGGUUGAAGAUGGAGAGCAGUGUGACUGUGGAUCAUUCCUGGAGUGUAUAGAAGAUCCUUGUUGUCUGUUUGACUGUGUUCUGAAGCCUGGGGCAGCUUGUGCAUUUGGAGGUUGUUGCAAAGACUGUGAACUCCUGCCACAAGGGACUGUAUGUAGGCAUCCAGCCAAUGAAUGUGACCUUCCCGAGUGGUGCAACGGGACGUCACAUGAGUGCCCAGAUGAUGUAUAUAAACAGGAUGGUAUCCUCUGUAGCACAAAUUCCUACUGCUAUGAAAAUGCAUGUAAUAACCACGAUUCUCAGUGUAAGCAGAUUUUUGGCACAGAGGCCCUGAGUGCAUCUGAAAGUUGCUACAAUGAAAUGAACACCCAAGGAACUCGUUUUGGCCACUGUGGUAUUGAAGGCACCACAUAUGUAAAGUGUAUGGCUCCUGAUGUCAUGUGUGGGAGAGUUCAGUGUGAAAAUGUGCUCACAAUUCCAACACUGAUAGAACAUUCUACGGUGCAUCAGUUUCACCUCAAUGGCACCACUUGCUGGGGCACUGAUUAUCACCUAGGGAUGUCCGUACCUGAUAUCGGUGAAGUGAAAGAUGGCACGGUGUGUGCUCCAGGCAAGAUGUGCCUCCGCAGGAAAUGUGUCGAUAUGGUUAAAGCAUCAGAAACCUGUCAGACUCAGCAUUGCAACAUGAGUGGGGUCUGCAAUAAUAAACAGCACUGUCACUGUCACCCAGGAUGGGCACCUCCCAACUGUACUAUCAGGGGCCCUGGGGGUAGUGUAGAUAGUGGUCCAGCACCACCACUGCCACCUGAGGAGAACCCACCAGUGCCAGGAUCAACUCAAAACAAAAUAAUGCUUCUUCCAUCCACAUUACUCCUCAUUCCUUUGAUUCUUUCAUGUUUGUAUUGCUUCCUUGUGCUGUGUAAGAAAGAAAAGCCCAAAGAGGAAGCAGGGGAGGAAAAGAAAGCAAAGGAAGAGGGAGAAGAGGGAGAAGAUGAAGGAGAGGAAGAAGAGGAAGAAGAGGAAGAAGAGGGAGAGAGCAACUAAUCCCCGUAUUUCCUUUAAAAGAUUCUCUAACUUUUUUCUUUUAAUAAUACAGGCGGGACAUGUUGAGCUGCUAGACAAUAAUUCCAUGGCAGCUCAUGCCCCUGUGAUAAGCCUUAAACAUUACAGCACCUAAUCCUUAAUUUUUCUUAAUUUGCUGUCUAUUCAGCAACAUUAAAAACCAUUUUCCCUAAUUUGCAUCAUUUUUCUCUUUUUAUUUAGAAAAUUGCAUUCCCCAAUAGCAAACACUGAGUUUCAGCCUAGAGUGAAAAAGCAUAUUAGACAGGAAAAGCGGUGAAAAGAGGGCAAGGAAUUCAGAGGUACAGGUGAAAAGUCUCCCACCCUGGCCAGUCUCAGUGAAAUGUUAUUUGAUGAGUUUUCUGAGUUGGGGGCCAUAGUGGCCUGAAUUUCAUUACCUUCUAACUGCUGUUUUUAUUUAUUUAUUUAUUUAUUUAUUUAUUUAUUUAUUUAUUUAUUCAUCAGGUAGAGUCAUAGACAGUGAGAGAGAGAAACAGAGACAAAGGUCUUCCUUCCAUUGGUUCACUCCCUAAAUGAGCGCAACAGCCGGAGCUGCGUCAAUCCGAAGCCAGGAGCCAGGUGCUUCUUCCUGGUCUCCCAUGAGGGUGCAGGGGCCCAAGGACUUAGGCCAUCUUCUACUGCCGUCCUGGGCCACAGCAGAGAGAUGGAUUGGAAGAGGAGCAACCGGGACUAGAACCGGUGCCCAUAUGGGAUGCUGGUGCCACAGGCGGAGGAUAACCAAGUGAGCCACGGCACCAGCCCCUCUCACUGCUCUUUUUAGAAAAGAUUUAUUUAUUUGAAAGGCAGCAUUACAGAGAUACAGAGAUACAGAGGCAGAGGUGAGGUGGGGUGAGGGGAUUCUUCCAUCUGCUGCUUCACUCCCAAGUUGGCCGCAACAGCUGGAACUGGGCCGAUCUGAAGCCAGCAGCCAGGAGCUUCUUCUAGAUCUCCCACGUGGGUGCAGGGGCUCAAGGACUUGGGCUAUCUUAUGCAUUCCCAGGCCACAGCAGAGAGCUGGAUCAGAAGUGGAGCAGCCGGGACUCAUACUAGCAUCCAUAUGGGAUGCAAGCACUGCAGGCAGUGGCUUUAUCUGCAAUGCCACAGCGCUGCCCCCCUCAUUGCAUGUUCACCCUGGAAAAAGUGUGAAUUUGGUGGGCUCCUCUCUGUAACUCAGGCUGAAGUGAAAAAUUCACAUCUGCAGGCUGUCUACUGAUCACUAGCUGGUCAGCAAGACCUUCCUCCAAGGCAGAUCCUGGUGGCUUAUCCCAUUUGCAAUAGUUGCACAACUGUGGCUCACUUUCCUUUAUGUCUGGCAACAACCCUUCAUGGAUUGCCAAGGUUACCUCUUCCUGUGUGGAGCUUUAAAACAGGAUUGUUAGUGGCAUGUAUAAUCAUCUCCAUGCUGUGUUUAGUAGUGGGGAUGAAAGUAUAUUUAUUGUUUCUGUCUUUUUGCCACUUUGUUUCCCUCAUUCUCUCUCUUUUUAAAUUUAUUUGACAGGUAGAGUUAUAGACAGUGAGAGUGAGAGAAAGAGAGAAAGGUUUUCCUUCCAUUGGUUCACUCCCCAAAUGGGCGGAAUGGCCGGCACUGCACUGAUUUGAAGCCAGGAGCAAGGUGCUUCUUCCUUGUCUCCCAUGCGGGUGCAGGGGCCCAAGCACUUGGGCCAUCCUCUACUGCCCUCCCAGGCCACAGCAAAGAGAUGGACUGGGAGAGAAGCAACCAGGACUAGAACCCAGUGCCCAUAUGGGAUGCCGGUGCUGCAGGCAGAGGAUUAACCCAGUAAGCCAUGGUGCCGGCCCCUCCCUCAUUCUCAACUGGUGAGUACUUUGAUAGCCUUGAAUGCAUACCAUGUGUCAUCAUGCACACUCUUAUCAGUAGAUUGAGAACUUUAUCACUAUGUCCAAUCCAUGUUGAGGUGUCUGAAUCUAUAGUCACCACUGGGCAAUAGGAACACCUGGAGGCUGCUAAGGAAAUCACCUUGGAUCUAUACAUAUACCCCAGUAUCUGCAUGUUCUAACCAGAAUCCCUGCCUCCUCUUGAUGAUUAUGGUCAAUAAUCCCUAUCAAGGAUGUGACUUUGUUGCUCCUAGUAGAAAGAAAGUGCGAGUUCAAAAUCCCAUGUGACAGUUUUAACUUAUAAUGCGUUGAUAUUGUAGCUUCACCCCUGGUCAAAAUAUGACCCCUUUGGGGGCCAGGUCCUCCAGCCUUAUAGAGUCCAAGUUUAUACAUGACAGGAAGCUCACACAGCUUCAGCAAAUCAUUGGGAUUUAUGGUAUAUGAAGCCCCUCAUAUUUCUGGUCUUUGAUUUUCAGACCCUUGCAAUAGGCUCUGGUCCACUCAUACCAUCUGUCCCAGGAAUUGUAUGCUGUCCUCAUGGUAUAUUGCCUCACAACCAGUGUUUCAUCUUCAGCUCUAGCUGCACUUCAGUACAUGUUUCAAAGCUUAUUGGGCUGGUAUCUCCUAUGUCAUUUUUUCUGAUCUACAACCCAUAUAUCUCAUGAUUUGGCCCACUUCUCCAAUUCCUUUCCUGUGAAAUGUGUACCCUGUUCUGAUAUGGUAUUAUAUAGGAAUACCAGACUAGUGGAUCCAACAUUCCAGAUACCUUUGGCUAUUAGUGGUACUUAGUGCUGCUCAGGGCCUUAUCUGCAGUGAGAUGAGGCAAAUUCACGACCAGAAAUCGGGUCUACUACUGUUAGAAUGCAUCACCAGCCCUUCCAGAAUGCUCGGGGCCUAAUGGAGUCAGUAACUUGCCAAGUGUUUUUUCAAGGAAUGGUUGCUAACUGCUUCAGUGAGCCAAGCUUGGCAAUGCCCUUUCCCACCCUCAGCCCUGGCCUAUGGCGACCUCUACUGGAUGUUUCAGAAAGACUGGUUUUCUUCUCCCCCACACAAUUCUCAUGAUAGCGUCCCUGGACAUUCUCGUGGAACUUUAUUACCUACUGACCCCUUUGCUCAGGUGUCCAAUUCAUCAUUCCCAUUUCCUUGCACCUUUCAAUCCACAUAACAAUUCUGGCAUCUUAACUUCACGGUGGAGACCUUACUUUUUCCACGCUUCUCGAAGCUCUUCCAGCAGCAAACUUACAAUAUGUCCUGAGGCCCUUGCUUGGUGCAAAUCUCUUAUCACGGGACUGUUCUCCAAAGUCACUGGAUUUUCCCUUUCCAGUUUUAUAUUUUACUGCUUGAUCAAGUAUCCUCAGAUAGGUCUCCUUUUGCUUAUCAGUUGCUCAGUUGUCUCCAGUUGAUUAUGCUGUAACUCAACCUAGUUUUAUACCUAGAACGAAAGAGGAUGAGGGAAGACUCUGAAAAGGACACGUGUGGCCUAGUGGACGAGUGGCCUCUGCAUUCUCUUCCAGCAUACGCGGAAUGAGUACCUUCUAAAUAUAAGUGUGCAGCAUAGAAAUAUUCAGGUCAGAUAUUUCCAUCCUGUGUGUCAUGGUUCAGGUUUUCUGCACCAGGUCGUGAAUACAGCACUGCCUUUGUCUAGAAAUUUCACUUUGUACAUUUAAAAAUGUUUUUUAAUGCUCUCCUUUGGAUUUCUCUCUCUUCCACUGAAAAGAGAUUGCACUUUGUAUGUAAUCAAAGAAGGUGCUAGCAUUCAUGCCCAUUGCCUA